UGUAGAGAUGGAGGCACACUGUUCAGGCCUCGGCAGGAAGAGGAAGAGAGAGGAGUUGAACGGCGAGACGGAGGAGGCGUGUUUCCGAAAACGUCCACGGAGGACUCUGGGCCUGACUGAACCCGCGCCGUUCGCCGAUGAGCUGGUGGCCGCGAACGCCCCGUACGCUCGUGUCAGCAUGGACGAAGCCCGCCGUGGCACUCCGGAGCACCGACCCGUCCGCGUCUACGCCGAUGGGAUCUUUGACAUGUUUCAUUCCGGACACGCUCGUGCCUUGAUGCAGGCCAAGUGCCUUUUCCCCAACACGCAUCUCAUUGUGGGCGUGUGUAGUGAUGACCUCACACACAAGUUAAAGGGCUUCACCGUCAUGAACGAGGAUGAGCGCUAUGACGCGGUUAGUCACUGUCGCUAUGUGGACGAGGUGGUCCGCAAUGCUCCAUGGACUCUCACGCCUGAGUUCCUCACCAAGCAUAGGGUGAGACACUAUGUGUUAUAUUUGCAUAUAUUUGUGUCAAGUUUNGACAGUGAUGAUGUUUACAAGCACAUCAAAGAAGCAGGAAUGUUCGCACCAACCCAACGGACAGAGGGCAUUUCCACCUCCGACAUCAUCACACGCAUCGUACGAGAUUAUGACGUCUACGUCAGACGAAAUCUUCAACGUGGCUACACCGCGAAAGAGCUUAAUGUCAGCUUCAUCAAUGAGAAGAAGUACAACCUUCAGGAGCGUGUGGACAAGGUGAAGAAGAAGGUGAAGGACGUGGAGGAGAAGAGUAAAGAGUUUGUGCAGAAGGUGGAGGAGAAGAGCAUCGACCUGAUCCAGAAAUGGGAAGAGAAGUCCCGCGAGUUCAUUGGCAACUUCCUGCAGAUGUUUGGACCGGAGGGAGCAUUGAAGCACAUGCUGAAGGAGGGUAAAGGGCGAAUGCUUCAGGCCAUCAGUCCGCGGCACAGCCCCAGCAGCAGUCCCACGCGCGAGCGGUCCCCGUCUCCAACUUUCCGCUUGCCCUUCUUCACCAAAACCUCCCCGCCCUCCUCGCCCUCAUCGCAUCACAGCAGCGCCCUCUCUGGCUACACCUACGCCGCCCGAGGGCAGGCCAUCAGCGAAGAUGAGGAGGACGACGAAGAUUAGCGUCCCAGCGCACCACGCAUCUGUCUUCCAAUACUGGCAACCCAACCUCAAAAACGAAGCAAUCCUUACACCAUCCAUCGGUCUCGCUCUCUGUAUUACUAACACACACGAAGGGUUAAAAUGGAGCAAUGUCUAGAACGUUAGUGACCGAGUCUGCUCCAACUUGAGGGGUUUUUAAGUCAUUGUCAGCGAUGGGAUGCGAGUAUUCGAACUCCAGCGUCCCGUGUUGAAUCACGCCGGAUUGGCAGGGCUUUGUCGCGUUUUAAAACGAGUGCACGUGGUAUUAAUGCAUUUCGAUUUUAAGUUCAGUUUUAAUGUUUUAUCGUAAUAUAUAAUUGUUAGGCAUCUCGUAAGUCCUGUGUGUUUUUGGGGCAAGGUUGAUUUCUCAAGGUCUUCGCACGAAUACGACCUCACGUUGGUGAAUUCACAUCGACACACUGGCACCGAAACGUUCGUCAUAAAAGGUUCUUUUUGCAUCCGUAGCAAGCGUUUUUGAUUGGAAAGGAGGGCGAAUAUGAAAAAACGCACACAAAAAUGUCACACUUUUAUGUACAGCGGGUACAAUGCUGCAAGGCUAAUUAUCUAAAUAUAAAAAAGAAAAAGGAUAAAAAAAGAUUUGUCGGUAUUACGAAGUGUAUAAUCAGUUUUGUCAUGGUUAAUAAUUCUACAAAUGAGAAAAAUACGCCAAUAUUAUACAGGCAUGAUUGAGUGGAAGUAUGGUUUGUUUUAGUUAAGGUCAGAAUUCCAAAUUUGAACACUGUAUUUAAAAAAUAUAUGCUUAGUAUCCUAAAGACUUAUCUGUUUUUACAGUAAAAAAAAAAAAAGAAAAUAUGUAAUUUUAUCACCGCACAAUGCCCUGUUUCUCUCUCACUGUGAUUGUUUUCUUUCAAAGAGCUCUUAAUGAAAAUCCUAAAACUUAGGUUGAAGGGCUAGUUUUCCGAGUUCAGUUAAGAUCUUUGGGCACAAGCUUGAUAAUUACAUAAUUAGAUUCGGCAAAAUGAGUCUUGCACGUUUUGAAGUCGAAUCAGCAGAGCUGUUAAGGAACGAAACCACUUGAAAGGAGUAUUCUGGGUUAAAUACAGCUUGCGCUCAACAGUCUGUGUUCAGUGCGUCAGAAAAACAAAACUGAAAUCGGGUGAGAGUUACAUACAGUGCAAUUGCUUUAAGAGUUAUCAGCUGAGGGACAAGAUGAUGUCUUAAGCUUUAACUUGUAUUUAACCCUUAACAUUCGCUUUGUCACCCUUUUUGAUGUACAUUUAUGGACGGAUAUGCAACGGUCAGUUUUAGACAGUAUGUGUUUCAGUUGAGAUUGUACCACCAGUGAUUAUAAUGUCUACGUAUAAUAUCUCAUCUGAUGAGAGGCAGAGGCUCAACAAACUGCUGUCCAGACUCGCACUGAUGUCAGAAUUCAGCUAUUGUUAUGCAAAUAGUUACUGCUUCAUUUUUAUGGUAAUGUCCGUUUUCCAGCCUCUGACUUUUUCUUUGCACAAAUUAAGCGACUCUAGGAGAGACUAUUAUUUUAUUAACUUUGCCUUCCCUUGUCCUGUGAGCCUUUUGAUUUGUACAGGAUGUCAACGGAGAGGAAGACAAAUAAAUGGCGUCUAAUGUACAAAAA